CAUCAAGGUCGAGAUGAAAGAGAUAAGAUGCGUCCUUUGCGGAGACCAAGGCGUUGGUAAAUCGACGAUAAUAACGAAUUUAAUUAAAAAUCAGUUCAUCGAAUCAAUCCAGCCGUGUUUACCUGAAGUCGUCAUAGAGUUGGACUACAACUUGCACAUAAUAGACACAAAUGAGGACAAUCUACUGCGGGAGAUAAAGAAAUCUAAUGUUAUUUGUUUGGUUUACUCGAUAAGCGAUAGCCAGACGCACUCGAAUAUACGGGAGUGGCUCAGUUACUUCAAGUCAAACGGUAUAAACAAUCCUAUCAUCCUUAUAGGUAAUAAGUUAGACUCUCCAAACCCUGACUAUUCGUUUGAUACCGAUAUUAUACCCAUAAUGAAGGAAUUCAAGGAAAUCGAAACUUGCGUAGAAGCAUCAGCUAAGACAAAAACAAAUAUCAACGAAAUCUUCUAUUUUGCUCAGAGAGCUGUACUUCACCCUACUGCACCACUCUAUGAUUCGAGACAGCACACGCUCAAACCAGCGUCCGCAUCAGCACUAUCUAGGAUAUUCAGACUAUGUGAUACUAACAAAGAUAACCUACUGGACUCUACUGAGCUUAAUCGCUUUCAAUUGAAAUGUUUCGGUACGCCCCUUAAACAGUCCGAAUUGGAUGCCAUCAUGGAAUUAGUCAGCCAGCACUCAAACCAAACAGUGUCAAAAGUAUCCAAUGGCACACUUGCACUUACAGAACUUGGCUUCAUCCUUUUGCAUACUAUUUUCAUCCAAAGGGGCAGACUUGAAACCACUUGGACUGUCUUGAGAAAAUUCGGUUACGCUCAAGAUCUGAGAUUGAAGGAAGAAUUCCUUUAUCCAAAGUUCGACGUCAAUGCAGAUUCAUCCGUUGAAUUGUCUCCAGAUGGAUACUCAUUCUUCACAGAAAUAUUCGAGAAAUUUGACAUAGAUAAAGAUGGCGCGUUAUCGGAAAAUGAAUUGAGCGAUCUCUUUUUGACUUCGCCAGGAAAUCCAUGGAUGAAUAAGGGUUUCCCAGAUACGACUCUUACAGACGAGAAAGGUGCAGUAACAUUACAAGGUUGGCUUGCGCAAUGGAGCAUGACAACUCUUCUUGAUCACAAAACAACACUGGCAUAUUUGGCCUACCUGGGUUAUGAACCAUCAUCCAAUGCGCCGGUACAGGAUUCAACGAGUGCGUUGAAGACAACACCACCACGCAGAAGGAGGAAAGGAGAAGUAGGCAAGGUACAGCGCAAUGUAUUCUUGGCAUACGUCUUAGGUGCUCCUGGAUCAGGAAAAACAAGCUUGCUCAGGUCGUUGCUUAACAAGCAAUUUAAUGGAACGCACACAUCAACGAAUGGUGUCCUGAGUGUCGUUAACUCUGUUGAAGUGGAGGGCGGAGCUGAGAAGUACCUCGUAUGUCAAGAAUUUGAAGCGACCACCCUAAAGAACAGCAAGAAAUUGCAAUUGGCUGACGUCAUUGUUUUGGUUUACGAUUGCUCAGAUGCUAACUCUUUCAGCUAUCUGAGCAACCUACAUCAAAACUACAAUUUAGAUGGUAUACCAUCUGUAUAUGUAGCUACGAAAUCCGACCUUGAUCUUGCGCAACAGCGACAUGAGGUGCAGCCAGACGUUUACUGCAGACGCCUUAACCUCCCAGUACCCAUAGCUGUCAGCAUCAAGACGAACCAAACGGCUGGUAUAUUCCAGACAUUGUGCAGUGUAGCCAGUAACCCUCGUCAAGCGCUCCCUCUAAGUGGAAGAUCAAGCAGCAGGAGUAUGCUUCAUCUGCUCUCCUUGACCUUAACAGUCGGUGGUGGACUCGUCGGUAUAGCUGCGAUUCUUACAAAGUACAACUGGAGACCAUGGAGUAUGUACAUGCAUAACGUCUACAGAGGUAUGCUAGCCUGGUGGAAUAAUAAAUAAAGCACUUGUACGAUAUGCAUUUUUAUUUUGAGCUGUCAGUUAUCGGCACCCC